AUGGUAUGGCCGGAAGUCUCGCCGCCGUUGUACUACUUCACCGUCUGCAGCCAUUCAAUGUCGGUCCAUGGCCGCGCGCCGGACACACCGUCUGCUUCAUUCGACGGGCUGGCGGCGGCUGGCGGCGGUAGUCUGGUGGCCGUGGAUAUGGUGGGGGGCGGUGGAACCGGCAUGCAACGGGACACGGUUGCUCUCACCGUGAAUCCGGGCGUGUCGGCGGCAGAAUAUGAUGGCUACGGUGGUGCUCAUGGUGUUGGAAUAAGAUGUCUAUGGCAAAGUGAAUUUCUGUGCGUAACAGAGAGAGGAAAGAGAAUAAACGGGGGAGAGAGAGAAAAGAGAAUGAGUGGAGAUGGAGAUGGUGGGUGGGGCCCGCUGACAAGGCAUGUGAGCUGUCAACUGGUAGUGUUGGAAAAGGGGCGGGCGAUAAGAUUUAGUUUGAACGAGAUGGCGAGGGCUAUGGGGAGAAGGUUGUGGAGGUGGCACCGGUGGAAAAUGCGGUGGCCAUUGCAGCGGCAGAUUAGUUCUUCCUGGUUGGGGGCCCUAGAAAACGACGAAGGGCAGUCAGCUGGUGUAAAUCGAGGACCACAAGAGGGCGCCGGAGAGAGGAGGUAG